AUGUCAGACUACCAGACACUCAAAGCAGAGUACAAUAGCCAGGCACACGGCUAUGAUGACAUUGCUUCACUUCCAUCAGGCAUCUUAGAAACACAGCUUUUGGCUGCAGCACUCGGGGACUGUACCGGACUCAAGGUAUUGGAUCUAGGCGGUGGCUCUGGACUCAGAGCACGCCAAGUUCUUGAUGCUGGAGCAGAGUCUGUCGACCUCAUAGAUAUAACCCCCGGAAUGUUACGAGCCGGGCAGGAGAUUGAAGCAUCGCUUGGUCGUGAUAAGAUCAAGUGGCUCGAAGCCGAUCUGACUCAGCCACUUGGCAAUCUUCUCGAGGGCCGCCAAUAUGAUCUCGUUAUGGCGAAUUGGCUUUUUGACCACGCGCCCAGCGAGAAAGCCCUUGAGCAGAUGUGGGCCAAUGUAGUAGCAAAUCUAAAGCCCGGUGGACGGUUUGUGGGUGUCAGGAGUGGCGACCCUAGGGGGGUCGUUCCUACCACUGGCAAAUAUGGCCUCAGGUACAAAGAUAUAGAAGAUAUCCCUGGAGGAGUGAAGAUGCGAUACAUGCUCGAAUUGGAAUCACCACUCGAGUUUGAGGCAACGUUGAUGGAAGUUAGUUACUCGGGCUCCACAAAGAUGCACGAAGCCUUCGGGCUUGAGGAUAUCAGAACGGAACGCCCUGAGGAUACUGAGGUUGUUAAAAAGGAUCGCGAGUAUUGGGGGAUGUUCUUGGAGAAUCCUGGGUUUGCAGUUGUGAGCGCGAGAAAGCGCCGUGAUGGCUGA